AUGGCAGACCUGGCUAGCAUGGGUGGCGGACUAGAAGAAGAUGAAGAGAUACGUGGUGCCCUCGAAGAUGUAGGUGGUGAGGCUGAGGGCGAGGAUCUGGGGAUCACGGAGAAAAUAGAAGCGGCUACUGGUAUGCACUUGGCUGGAAUUGUGAUCGCUGUCGGACUUGAGGCCGUUAUUCUCGCGCUGGUCGAGAGUUUAGUAGAGUAUUGCCACGAUGCAGCUCAGCGUCGUCAUGGUGCUAAAGACGGCAUCUAG